GGCGCGAGCGCGGAGGAGGAUCUUCUGUCCCGUCGCGGUUCUGUUGCGACUCUCAUGGACACGGAACUCCUCGUCUCCUGAACGGAAGUAAACACACACACACACUGACGGAAUUAUCCAAGCUGAAAGAAGAAAUUAAGUUCUUUCUGCACUAAUCCAGCAGAUUGCGGCUUGUUUUCGCCUGCUUCUUCCCUCACCGUCGGGCUUUACCGGAGCAAACAUGUACCGCGUGCGGGCGUUGACGGCAGUCUCAGUUGGGAUGCUGCAGUGUUCACGCCGCAUGCACAGCGGCAGCACGCGCUCUUCUCAGCAUCGCAGAUUGCUGCUGGCCGCUCUGGCAGGAGUGACUGGCAUCUCAGCAACUACGGGACUCCUCUGGACCAAGGCGUAUGCCGAGCCAGCCUCGUCUGUCAAGCUCGAGGAGGAGCUGCGUGAGAUGGGAGCGGGGAAAGACAUGGACGCAGACAGCGCGGUGGAGUCCGCAGGCAGCAGUGAUGAGGAAGCCGAGGAUGGUGAGAGCUCGGAGGGCAAAAAGAAGAAGCAGAGGGUUGGCUUCCGUGACCGUAAGGUGAUGGAGUACGAGAACCGCAUCCGAGCCUACUCCACCCCCGACAAGAUCUUCCGCUACUUCGCCACGCUGAAGAUCAUCAGCGAGCAAGGAGACGCCGAGGUGUACAUGACGCCGCAGGACUUCAUCCGCUCCAUCACGCCUAACGAGAAGCAGCCAGAAAGCCUGGGACUGGAUCAGUUCGUGGUGAAGCGCUAUGAUGGAAAGAAGAUAGCUCAGGAGCGGGAGAAGUUUGCAGACGAGGACAGCAUCUUCUAUACACUCGGGGAGUGCGGCCUUAUAUCUUUCUCCGACUACAUAUUCCUCACCACCGUUCUUUCGACACCUCAGAGAAACUUUGAGAUCGCCUUCAAGAUGUUUGACUUAAACGGGGAUGGUGAGGUGGACCUGGAGGAGUUCGAGCAGGUGCAGAGUAUAAUCCGUUCUCAGACAAGCAUGGGCAUGAGGCACAGGGAUCGCUCCACCACGGGCAACACUCUAAGGACAACUGGCUGCAGCUCGGCUCUCACCACCUACUUCUUCGGGGCUGACCUGAAGGGCAAACUCACAAUCGGAAGCUUUCUGGAGUUCCAGAGGAAACUGCAGCAUGACGUGCUCAAGCUGGAGUUUGAAAGGAAUGACCCGGUGGAUGGCAGGAUCACAGAGCGACAGUUUGGGGGCAUGCUGCUGGCCUACAGCGGCGUUCAGUCGCGCAAACUGAAACAAAUGCAAAAAGGCCUAAAGAAGAUGUUCAAAGAUGCGCAGGGCAUCACGUUCGAGGAAGUGGAGAACUUUUUCACCUUUCUGAAGAAUGUAAAUGACGUGGACACGGCGCUGAGUUUUUACCACAUGGCAGGUGCCUCUAUAGACAAAGCUACUAUGAAGCAAGUGGCUCGCACCGUAGCCAAGGUGGAACUGUCAGACCACGUGUGCGACGUGGUGUUCGCUUUAUUCGAUUGCGACGGUAACGGCGAGCUGAGCAACAAGGAGUUCAUCUCCAUCAUGAAGCAGAGGCUGAUGCGGGGGCUCGAGAAACCCAAGGAUAUGGGCUUCACCCGCCUGGUGCGUGCUAUGUGGAAGUGUGCACAGGACACAGCGUGGGACUUCGCCAUGCCUAAACAGCAGUAGCAGGGUAUAGAGAGAAAGAGGGAGAGAGAGAGAGGGAGGUGAGAGUGUGAAGAAAAAAAAUUAGAGAGAAAGAGCAAGACAAGAGAGAGCAGUUUUAUCUGCAGCCGACUAAAUUAAGAAAUGAACUUGUAAUAAAUCAUGCACAUGCUGUAGCGUCCACUGCUGCCGCAUGAGCUACUGUAUCUGCUGCAGUAUAUGUGUGUGUGUGUGUGUGUGUAUGCGGGUUUGUGUGUGAAUCUCUACAUAUAGGCUUUUUCAAAGCUGACACUUUUCAAACAUCUGUCUGUCACAUCUGUAUCAUAUCUGGAAACACCACAGGCAGGAAUUUUAAAACGUCUUGAAUCUAUUAAAAUUGUUCUUGUAAAAGUUGUUUGAUCAUUUUAACACUGCUGGGUGACACGGCUGCAGGGUGACAGGUUCAACCCUGAGCUGAGUCUUGCAUGUUCUCCCAGAGUUCCCCGUGUCCUUUCAGCACGCAAAUGGCUGUAACUACAAAUGAGGAGUGUGCUGCACGGUGCCCAGUGAUGCAUUGCUGUCCCGCACAGAAUGAAUUCUCACAGCUAACGUUUCUGAGAUGGCCACAGCAACCCUUUACCGAGGAUACAGAGGCUAAUGAGGAUAAAUUAAAGGAUGAAUAUAUUGUAACGGUGAUUAUCAGGUUUUUUGUCAUGUAGGAGCAAGACCUAAACCAGAAUAAAUCCUAAGUGAUUACAGGGAUGGAUCUGGGAUUAGCGUCACUAGUGUAUGUCCGUUUAUGCACGGAUAUGUAUUCCAAGUAAUCAAAAUUUAACCAGCAUUUUAUUUUGCUCCACUUUCGAACAGUUUAAAAAAAAUGUCCAAGAACAAUUUAAGACACAGUGUAAGAGCGAUAGUGUUAAACUUGAAUCGCUAAAAGACUACUGAAUCAGGUUUGGAUUUAAGGUCUGAGUUUUGGGUGAACAUGUUUCUUUACUUGUGACAUAUGCUUCAGGUGUGUUCAUAUUGCCUAACAUGCUGCAGAGCUCCUCUCAGGGCUUUGCAUGCGUGUGGUUGAUGUGCGGUGUAACACUGCUAUAGAUCAGAGCCGUCUGACUUUGUAUAUACAUAUCCAAACCUUUUCAGUACUUUUUAAAAGAUAUGUAUAGCCGAACCCCUAGCACUCUGCAUUACAGUGUAUUAUUUAUAAUCACUAAGAGACACGCUUGUUUUUUUUAUUUAAUAAAGUGGGUGUGAGAAAAGCUCCACUGGCAAAUUAUGAUGCACUUGUAUGACUGUUAUUGAAUGAUGCGCAGAGUACCUAUAUUAAACCAUUUUUCAUGA